UGGCAGGCCUCUCUGCCACUGAAUGCAACUCAAUUCAAUUGAUUUAUCCUUCUGUGCUACCAUCCCAAACAUCGCGUCACGUACCCAAUAUAACGUCAAGAUGACCCUCAAACUCAUCGAGGUCGACACUGCCACUGAUUUCGAAGAGCUCAUCGCAUGCCAAUGGGCAUCUUACGAAAAUCCCCUCCAGCCAUUCUUUCGCAUGUUCUGCCCGCUCAACGCUCCAACACACGCAGAAUCUCUCAAAGAGUCAGUAGCACUUCAGCUCAGAUGGCACAAUGAAGACCCAACAAGCUAUUGGGCAAAAGUUGUGAACGACGAUGGCAAAAUCGUGGGCGGGUGUUUAUGGAAGAUUUGUUCCGAGAACCCGUUCGAUACAGAUGAGGAUCAUUCCUACGCUUAUUGGCAACCGGAAGGGGAGAGGCGAGAGUUUAUCACACAAGCUCUGAAACAAUUCGAUGCGCCUAGAGCGCGGAUGGGGGCUAGACCUCAAGUCUAUGUCAAUAUCGUCUUUACACAUCCAGACCAUCGCCGCCAAGGCGUGGCGAAUGUUAUUAUGAACUGGAGCAAGCAGAAGGCUGAUGAGAUGGGUGUUGAGCUUUGGCUGGAUGCGACAGAGCAGGGCGUGCCUGUUUAUGAGAAGCAUGGCUUCACAGUCGUCAACGUUAAUACCAUACAGCCUACGAAACAGAACCCUGGUGAAGAAUGGCAUAAAGUCAAAGAGGAAUUAGGUCCUAUGACGUUUAGACAGAUGUGGAGACCUGCUGGUGGUGAUUAUCAAGAAGGCAAGACUGUGAAACCCUGGGAGACUGUCGAGAUCAAGUAUGAGCCUGAGCUGGCGUAUGUAGAGUCUCAUGCAGCUUAGGCGAGAUGAGGGGAUAGAAGUGACAGCAAGCAUUCGAUAGAGUUUAGAUUAGCGUCUACAUGAUCGAUGUGAUGGAUAGUGUCGUACAUGUCAGACAUGCAUGGAAAAAGGAAAUAAUAUGGUGAUCGUCG